UGGGCUUUGCCAUCCUCUAGCUCGCAUCCGCAUCCAUGCCCGCAAUAUUCAUCACCAUAUUCUGAAAAUCUGCCGUCGUUCAAGUUAUGCCGCGUUAUUUGGACCAGGUCGCGUUGGGCAGGGCUCUGCAGGAGCGCGCGAACCCUCUCCUUGAGGCAAUUGCCGCCAACGAUGCUUUGCACACCCAUUACCUCACGCGCUUCGAGAGCGAUGAGCCUCCCCAGUAUGAUUCAGACAGCUCAUCAGAAUAUGACGAAGACGACGCAGCCUCAGAAGAUCCCAACAUCGUCAUCGAGCGACCGCUCGACGAAGACGAUAUCAAGCGGAUUGCAUUGGCACUGGGUCCUCAAAUGAGCCCCGGGCAGCUCUACCUCUCAGAAUCAAAGCGAGAGGAGAAAAGGAUCAUUGAGAAUUGCCGCGGCCCAGUCUUUCAUAAGCCCAAAGGCAUCCGCCGGAUAGGAAUCGUCGCGCGCCACAACAUGAAGAAGCGCUGGGAGAAGCUCGGCAUCUGGAAUCCCGCUUGGGGUUUCGCUGGACGCAACGUACAGCCUAACGACAAUUUCUAUGAGUGGCGGUGGAAGUGGGAUCAAGACAAUGGCGAAAGUUCUGCGUCUCAUGACCACAAAUGGGAAGAGGGCAUCAUCAAACGCAAGCUAAUUCUACGAAAGAACUUGCGUCGCGGCGACCAUGUGCAUGUUGAUCCGCAGCCUUCGCUGGUACAAGACAUCACGGCUCCUCAGGCCGAGUCAUAUUUUACCUCUAGGCCUUGGUUCAUAUUUGAGCUUGAGGUCACUGAAGAAAAACAACGACUGAGCCGUGUCUCAUUCAAGGACCAGCAUAAGUUGUCUCAGACAUCAGGCAUCGGGCAGGUCAUUGAGAGGUGGAGAGACCGUGGGGAUUGGAGGGAUGAGUACGACGAAGAAGGUGUAACCUCUUGGAGAUGGAAGUAUGAAUCGCCCUCGCCUGAACCCGAAGACUUGACGCCCAUACAAAACAUGAAUGACUUUGAUUCACUGGACGCUACGGUCAUGGAUUUCACACCUUCGGAACUUGACGAACUAGAGACCAACGAACUCCCAUGGGAAGAACAGCCAGAGAACUACUGGGUCAUUUCAAAGGGUAUGGAAGAUACGCCUGCAUUCCCCGGACAGAUGCCGGAAGGUCACAGUCACGAUCACCAUUCCGAUCCUAUGUCUAUCGCGCGAUCAGCUCCCGCUGGUGCUCUUGAUUCUAGGAAAGAGGCGCCUGAAUCCACAGACGAUAGAAUCCCGGUCUCUGCAGGUGCAUCGGAACAGAAACCACUCGAACUGCAGGAGCGCGCCGUGAGCCAUACGCCACAGAAGUCAAGACGUGGCCGUCCCCGUCAGCUGAAGAACGAGACGAGCAUCACCCACGACAAUGACCAGUCCUCUCCAGCACCUCGGCGUAGUGCUAGGAUAGCCGGUACGAAACGCCCAGCUGAAUCUACACACACAGAAGCUGCACCAAGCAAGAGACCCAGAGGCCGGAAAGCCUCCGGUGUUGGCCAGCCUACUGUGUCGGAGUCUAUACCAACGAAGAAGCUCUCUGCACUGACACGGCAACCGGCCGGGAGAGAAACGAAAGCUGUGCCCAAGCAAGGAAGGGGCCGUCCGAAAAAGGAGGCACCGAAUCCUGCUCCGGCGAAGACGAUCACCAAAGAACCAACUAGACGGGGACCGGGAAGAGGGCGACCUAGUACGGGGGAUUUUGGGCCUAGCCCGUUGCAGGAGAGCCCUCCCAAGAGAGGGCGAGAGCGGCCGAAGAAGGAGACUGCCGCGAUCACGCGUUCUUCUGCUUCAAAGUAGAAAUGAAUGCAUGUGAGGGCUUGCGAUGAGCGAGCAUAAGGUCGGGGCCAAGGAUUGUAACAGGACUCAACAUGACUCUGGCCAUACCUGCUGGCAAGUCCAUAUGUGGAUGGAAAUCACACGAGGAGGGCGG